AUGGGGAAGUUCCGAGGGCACCAGGAUAAGAGCCGGAGGGGAAGGGAGAAGAAGCUCCUAAAGAAGAAAGCCGGGGCGGCUGCUGGUGGAAUCCGCGCGGUGGCGGCACAAGCUGAGUCGGCCGUUCCCGGCGGCGACUCUCUGACCAGCAGCAGUCCUGGCCGUCUACAACAGCGGGGGGUAGUAGGCGCGAAGAGGAAGCUCAAGCACGUGACGUACGCCAAGGAACACUCGGUGCUUAUCGUCGGAGACGGCGACUUCAGCUUCACGCGUGGCGUUAUCCGACACCGGGGAACGGGAGCUGGUGUCGUGGCGACGUCCCUGGACUCCGAGAAAGCUGUACUCAAGAAGUACCCGCGAGCUGAGACUUGGCUCCCCAAACUUGAAGCCGACGGAGCCCAGGUUGCACACUCUGUAGACGCUACCAGGCUCGAGGAAACCCUCCUAGGGGCCGGUGAAGGCCGGGGAGAUGACGGGGGUGGAGGCGGAGUUGCUGGAGAGAAGACGCGAGUUUUGUUCGAUCGCGUCGUCUUCAACUUCCCCCACACCGGUGCCCAGAGGACACACCUCAACCGUAACCUCAUCCGAGACUUCUUCGCCAGCACCAAGGGAUUGGUGAAGUGCGCGGCGGCCGGGGGAGAGGUGCACGUUACCCUCAAGGACAAGCCUCCGUACUCGGGCUGGAAUGUGAAGGCAAUGGCGAGGGAAAGCGAGCUGAUCAUGGUGAGGUGCCUUGCCUUCGACCCAUCGGUGUUUCCCGGCUACCGCCACAGCACAACCGACCCUCAGGCAAAGAAAUUCGACGCGGGAGGGGCCAGGACGAACGUGUUCUGCCGGGCGAGAUCCGAGCUUGACGACAACGUGGAUGAGUCAGGCGCCUUCCCGGUGAUAGUGCGACGGGGGGGAGCAGCCUCCUCUGCGAACUCAGUUGAGACUGCCAACAACACCGGCGACAGCAACGAUUCCGACGACAACGUCUACGGUGAUGACCACAGUAGUGAAGACGACAACGCUAGCGACAACAGUGACUUGUUCGGCGGGGGCGGCUGCGGGAGCGGGGACCCCGAUGGCGGCCUGGGGUCUUGGGACGACGAAGAAAGAAAAGGCGAAAAAACAACCGCCUCGGCGGGGGCGGGCGAUGUCGCCCACGGCAGCGGCGGUGUUGAUCAGGCAACCGCCGAUGCUAACGGCAGGAAGAACCGAGGGAAGAAGAAGAAAACUGGUGAAAAAGGCGGUGUCGGCGGUGUUCCCAGUGGCAGCGAGGCCGAGGAGGUUAAUGAGGGGAAGGGGUCGGUAUCGAAUGGGGCAUCGAAACGCGGCAUGCUUCAGCCUCCGGUGCAGAAGAAGAAGGCCGCGAAGCGUAGAGCACAGCGUAAGCGAAAGGCCGCCGCUGCUAAAGAAGCAGCAGCCGCUACAGCCGCGGCGGCAGAAGGGGCGCCGACAGGAGAGGGUUUCCCACAGGGCGACGGCGUGAUGCCUGCCAACAAGGCAAAGUCUCCCAAGCGAAAGCGAGGGAAGUACGUCGUCAAUUCGGCGAAGAAGCGGCCGAGAGAUUGA